AAUGAAUCAAAGAGUCUGAGGGCACAGCUUUGAUUCUAUUGCGUAUGAGUGUAAAUAACCUGAGGGCUAUUCGGAAUAAAUGCUUGUGUUAAUAUCUUUUAAUUUCUUCCGAAGGGUGAACAAAGCUAUAUUCCAAACAUAUUCUUCGUUAAAGCCGUGUUGUUUAGUCCACUUAUUGUACUUGGCGAGAUACAUAGUAAGUGGAUCAAUCCAAACGUCGUUGAAGUCUUUCAAAUAAACAAGUAGAGGAAUCAAUUGGUGAUCUAGCGGAAUAUCGUGAGCAAAGUCCUAAACGAUCGUAUUCAAUUGGAAGUAAGAUAGACAGAAACAAAAUCAAACGAUCGGGAAAUUCGAACGAGAUUUUACAUGACAAAAACGCUAUCCGAGUCCGAGCGUUUUCAGUUGGAUCUCGGGCGAAAAUUCCUAAAUGUGACUUACAGCGUGCUGUUUCCCAGAUCCUGCUUUAAUCAGAGUUGUAUUAGUAACAAUAGUUUAAAUUUUGGGGCUGACGAUACUGGUUAUAAAUUGGGAUUAAAUACGAAUUGUGAUAAAAAGUCAACGAGUGCUCCUAUACUGGUCCAAAAUAGUCAAGUAUCUGUGGAUUGUAUGAGUGAUCUAAUGGAAAUUGAUUUUUCGAAAAGUACUAUCCAUAAAACAAAUGGAAAAGCUGUACCUGUCAGUGGAAAGUGUUUUGAUGUAUCGUUAAACGAAGUAAAGGGUUAUCAGACAUCAAAACCUGUUAGUGAAAUGUUACAAACAUUUUCGCUUAAAAAAAUAAAUCAUGAAGAAAGUGGAUACUUGGAAAUGAAGCCUUUGAAUCAAGAAAUAUGUCCCAUGCACAAGAUUUCCCUGUCACAUUCAAACGAAAGCUUUUCCGACACAACAAAAGCAAGUGACAUUACAUCUACAUCAUGCGUAAAAAGAAAGGAAGUACAAAUAUAUUCCCACGGAAACUAUCUAUUUGAGGAAAAACUCACAAACAGUAAACAAAAUCAGUUGUGUAUGCCUACUAAAGAACUUGAUUUUGUAUUACAUGAAGAAAAUCGAAAUCACCAUUUGGAAGAAGUAAAACUUGAUAGUACUUCGAACUCUGAGGAAAUUACUAAUCUUUCGUGUAUACCUAUAUUCCCAACUUUCAGUUCAACCAACUUCAAAAACAAUUAAUGAAACCGAAACUAAAAAAAGUAUUUCUAUGAUUGAUACUGAGAAAAUUAUUAAAACUACAAAAAACAUAUUCCAUGAGGAAUAUAGUACGAUAUGUUCAUUGCUAGACAACAUACAUGGUAAAAAUUACAGCUGUAAAGAAACAGAAUCCUCUUCUAACAGAGAGCGAAAAUUGCCAUUAGCAGGAAUAAAUGAGAAAUAUUGUUUCAUCAAACGUGCCUUCCUUGCCUAUAGCACCAUUGACCAACGCCAACAAACUUUCAUCAGUCGCUCGAUUCAACGGAUCUCCUACAUUUUUGACCAUCAUAGAUAAUAUAGAAAGCGAUCAUGGGCUUCCGAACUGUAUAAACGAAAAUAAAACACCGCAUAUUACCACGCCUACAUCUUCAAUUGCUUGCUCCAGUUAUGAAUUAUAUUACGCAAAGCUAGACCUGCCGCAAUGCAGUACCAAAGAUAAUGCGAAAUUCCAAAAAAUUGAAAAUGUUGCUUCUCCAACAAUAAGUGCAAUAAGUGCAGAAAAUGAUUCAUAUGCUAAAAUAGAUUUUGAUCAUUCUUCUAAAACCUUAAAUUACUGAACCAACGAAAAUUAUAUUUUUUGCUUAAUAUUUGAAUGUAAAUAAAUUACUCCCAAUUA